GGCAUUAACUUUCUUGCUUCUGCGUUUUCGGUUUGUAUUGUCCCUCGCGGGGAACCAUAGGGUGGAGCAAACGUCGCCUUAGCAACAGAGAGGCUUUGGCUAACACAACAAGCAGGCUAAAUGUAUCUUCUUAAACUACUGCCUUCUAGAAACAGAAUUACAUAUACUGAUUUAAGCCGGGAUGGCUACAAGCAACCCAUCUGUGUUUCUUCUCUCGGUGAACGGACAGAUUGAGGGAGCGGAUUUUCCGAGUUAUGACGACUUGUACUGCAAAUACUCCUUUGUUUACGGUCAAGACUGGAUGCCCACCACUGGUUUGGAGGAAGGGAUCACCCAAAUAACAUGUAAAAGCAUUCAGUCGUCACAUAAAUUGAUAUGGAACUUCCCACUAGAUAUAACCUUCAAGAGCACAAACCCCUCAGGAUGGCCUCAACUUGUUCUGAGUGUGUAUGGACCAGACGUGUUUGGCAAUGAUGUCGUCAGAGGCUAUGGAGCAACACACAUCCCAUUAACACCUGGAAAACAUACACGGAUCCUCCCCAUGUUUGUUCCUGAACCCACGUGGAGACUUCAAAGGUUCACUAGUUGGCUUUGGGGACGUCGACCAGAGUACACAGACCCUAAAGUGGUAGCCCAGGGUGAAGGGCGAGAAGUGACACGGGUUUGUUCCCAAGGAUUUGUUACAGUCUGCUUUAGCAUCAUAAUGAAGGACAUGAAGAAACUGGGCUACGAUUCUGGACCAUCAAAUUCCUCAAGCACACAAUCUUGCGCCACUGCAUCUGGAUGGUCCACAGAGGAACCAACACAUUUUUGAUAACAUUGGGGAAACAUGCCAAUUUAUAGUGUCCACCCUUACAUUCUGUUUAUGUUCAUUACCACAGAUGUCAAAAUGAUGCAGUUAUAUUUAGAUUUUAUGCCAAAACUGUAAAUGUUUUUGUAAAUGUCUGUUAGGUUUUCCAUCUUUUAUAUUUUUACAUUGUGUCUUGGUUGUUUUAAAUGUUAACACUGUUAAUAAGGGUUACAGAGCUUAAGUAAUAUACAUUUUAUUGUGUAACCAAUGCAGUCAAAUGCAUGUCAAAAUGAUGCUGACUGAACUCUUAUUCAUGUUUAUGC